CCUCCCGCAACCAAAUGGACAUUGAGAUCCAAGAAAACGUAGAGACUGCUACGUACAUGGACGUUGAUUUGUACAAAGCUGCAGUUGAUGGCAAAAUUGAAGCAUUCAAUGAUUACAAAGGCCGUCUUGAACGCAUUGUUACCCCAAAUCAAAACACAGUCCUCCAUGUUUACUUGGCAAACCGAAGGCACAAGGCUAUAGUUUUUCAUAUGAUUUACUUCAUUUAUUACAGAUACCGAGCUUCGACCUUGAGAUCCACCGAAUUCGUCGAGCACCUCCUUAAUCAGUGCUCAUCAUUGCUACUACAAGCCAAUGCCAAAGGUGAAAUUCCACUACACAUUGAAGCCAGGUACGGGCAUCGUCCUACUGUGAAAUUGCUUUUGGAACGCGCUAAAUUUGCUCAACAAGGAGACCUAGAGAAUGGGAUAGAAGCAGCCAAGGAAAUGCUGAGAAUAAGAGAUAAUAAGGAAGAAAAUACUCCUCUGCAUAUUGCAGCCCGAUAUGGCCAUCUUGAAGUGGUGCGAGCAUUAGUCGAAGCGGACCCUGAUUUUGUAUACCCUGCAAAUAAAUAUGGUGAGACUCCACUUUACAUAGCGGCUAGGAGAGGAUAUCAUCAUUUGGUGGCUGAGAUGUUAACUAAAUGCAAAUCGGUGGCUCAUGCUGGCCCUAAAGGUACGACCGCUUUGCAUGCGGCGGUCAUGGCAAAUGAUAGAGAAACGGUAAGGAUAAUACUAAAGAUGAAAAAGAUUUUGGCAAGCGAAACAGACGACAAUGGUCGGAGUCCACUUCACUUUGCUGCACAUUUAGGUUAUCGUUCAAUUGUGAAACAAAUAUUAGAAUGCGACAAAUCUACUUCCUACAUAGUCGACUUCGAGGGAAAGAUGACCGCGCUUCACAUGGCCGCAAGGCAAAGCCAUGCAUCAAUAAUGAAAGAGAUUAUCCGCCAUUGUCCAGAUUGUUGUGAACUAGUGGACAAAAGAGGCUGGAAUUUUCUGCACUUUGCUGCGGUUACUCUAUAUCGUCUUCCACUGCGUCAAUUCUUUGGAGAUGAUAUUGGUAUCAGAUAUGUAUCAAUGGAAAAUCUUUUAAGUCAGAAGGAUGAACAUGGCAACACGCCUCUCCAACUGCUCGUAACUUCUCGCCCUAAUCGGUAUGGAACUGCUAUGAUGUGUACAAAUGAUAAAAUGGAACUUGGCAAGGAAAAUCUUACUAUGAAAGAGGAGGAACAAAUUUUGAAUUUGUUGGCAGAGCUUGGUAGUGGAGAGGUGGCAGGGGUACCGUUUCGUCCCAUACGACUGCAUAGGAGGGCUCCGUUUGGUUUCGAGAAAGCAACAGAGUCACAUUUAGUAGUGGCGGCGCUAAUAGCAACAGUAACCUUUGCUGCAGCAUUCACCAUACCCGGCGGCUACAAAACUGAAAAAGGCGUAGAUGAGGGCACUGCUAUCCUAAUUCGUAAUGCAGCUUUUAAUAUGUUUGUUAUCUCCAAUGCCAUAGCCGUGGUUUCCUCUCUUUUAGCUGUCCUCUUCCACUUUCUUAUGGCACGGCCUCGAUCUCAAAAGUCAUUUGCUUCAUAUCCCUACGCCUAUAGAUGCACUAUCAUUGCAGUUGGAGCAAUGGUGAUAGCUUUCAUUACAGGCGCAUUUGCGGUGUUAGAACCUUCCUUGGGGCUUGCUAUUAUCACUUGUCUCAUUGGCUCAAGCUUCUUUCUGGUUGCCCUUUGUGUGGAUAGAUCAUUUGCUUUGUUGGAUGUGUUUUAAUUUGGCAUGAUGAGUGGCGCAUGCCCAUAUUAGUUUGUUAACAUAAAUUUGUUGUUAAUAAUACUUGCCUUGAAGAUAUCUUUUAUUUUAGUAAAUUAAAUAUAAGAGUUAUUAUAUGAUACAUUGUAAGUAGAGUUUUUUAACUUCACAAAUGGAAUUGAAAAAUUGACACAUAUUUCAUUUUUUUUAAUAAAAUUUUACAUUAUUUUUAACAUACCUAAAGAUUAUGUGCUAUCCUGCUAAUUUCAUUCAAGAAAUCUAAAAAAUUUUACUAUUAAUAUAUCAGAUAAUUUCUUAAAUAAUUUUUCUAAAUAUGUUUCCAUGU